CAAUGUGACGGUUCACGUUCUUAAAUGUAUAUGAUGUAUGUGUUCGUUAAGUGUUUUAUAGAUUUUGUUUUAUGAACGUAUAUGUAGUUUCUUCCUACGAUAUUUGUUUUUAGCACAGACAUAUGCCCAUGAAAUGACUAUUAUUCUCCCGUAUUGAUUAUGAUUUUAUGGUUAGAUUUCUUUAUUUGAAGAUUAUGAACAAAACAUGAACUCUGAAAAAUGUCGAUUAAAAAAUCAUCAACUGAGCAACGGUAAUGGAAUCAAUAAGAAAAGAACUAAUUGCCGAAAAAAAGUGCAUGACAAGAAUGCUGCUCCAGUACUAGCAUCUAAAGGAAGAAGUAACUUCAUUUUGCAAAGUUGCAAUAUUUCAAUAUCAAAUUCGAGUGCUUUAUCAGAAAAUAAAUCACAGACAGCAUGUGCUAAACAAAAGAAAAGCAGCACUAAAUCUAAUUGCAAAAAGCAUUCACGCAUCAAAAGUCAUCCUGAACCAGAAAAAAAUUCUAAUUCAAAAUUUUUAAUACUAUCUCAGGGUACAGAUGAUGGUGAACUAAAUUUAGCUGGCUUAAAUGAUUUGAGCUCAACUUCAUCUGUUUGUGAAAAUAUGCCACCAUUAAAAGAAGACUUCCUCUCUGUAACAAAUAAUGACAGUGCUGACGAAAACUCAAAUUCCAGUUCCCCAAAUUUAAAAUAUAUGAAAAGUAGGUCUGCAAAAGUAGAUUCAAAUUGUCUGGGUAAAAGAGAUAAUAAAUGCUCUGAUUUAAUUAACCAUGACAUGCCUGAAAGCCUAAGUGGCAAUCUUGAAAUUGAAAAGCUUAAUUUUUUACCUACCUAUGAAAACUCUGGAUUUGAAAGUAAUUCCUUAGCAUGUAAAUUAGACAAUAAUUCAACGAGUUCUUUUAUAUCAGAUCCUGGAUUAAAAGUUGAUCAAAACAGUUGGCAGUUUGUUAAACCACUUAGUGAAAAUGUAAAUUGUAUACCUGUCGAAUUAGCCUCAGUAAUUGAAGAAUUUGCAUCAGUGAGUAGACAUUAUGAAUCUAAAUUUGAUUUAUUGACUAACAUUUUAAAAUUAGACUGUAUCACGAAUUAUCCUGACUUAAAUCAUGAAAAUGUACCUGAUAUUGUUUUAGAUUUUCAUGCUUUUGAGGCUGCCUAUGAAUAUUAUAAAAGUAGGAAAUCUGAUUCUAGAUCUGGUGAAGGUUUUAAUUCAUUAAAUUCUGAGUGUAAUACUGAAGUAGCUGGUGAAUGUUCAGAAUCAAAAAAUGCAUCUUUAAAUUCUGUAAAUAUUAAUAUUAAAAGAAAAAUACAUGAAGAUAUGCCAGAACCCAGAAAAAAGAAGAAAAUUCAGGAACAUUUCACUUUACAUACUAAUGAAAAUAAUGCAAAGGAGAUUAAUUCUGCUGAAGAUUAUGCCUUACAUUCUUCACAAUCAUUGGGAAAUAUGUCAUCUGACUUCAUGGAAGCUCUUUAUUUGGUGCCGGGUCAGCAAGUGUUGACUGAUGAGUUAGAAGUUUCAUCUUGUUCUGAAAAAAAAUUGAAAACUAAUUCUUCUUGUCAUUCUAAGUCAGAAAGAUCUCUUAAAUCUCCUAAAGAAUCGUAUUCUGUCAAAAAAUGUAAGAAAUCCAAUUCUGAAAUUGCUUUGAAAAGAAAUGGUGUAUUGCUUACUGAUGGAAUACAUAAUAAAUGUCAUCUUCAAAAGGAAUUAAAUGAAGAAGUUUCAUCUAAUACUGUCAGUGCUAACGAAAACUCGGAUUCAAGCUCCCCAAAUUUAAACCAUAUGAAAUCUAGGUCUGCAAACGUAGAUUCAAAUUGUCUGUGUAAAAGAGAUAAUAAACACUCUGAUUUAAUUAACCAUGACAUCCCUGAAAGUCUAAGUGGCAAUCUUGAAAUUGAAACACUUAAUUUUUCACCUACCUAUAAAAACUCUGGAUAUGAAAGUAAUUCCUUAGCAUGUAAAUUAGACACCCAUUCAACCAGUUCUUUUAUAUCAGAUCCUGGAUCAAAAGUUGAUCAAAAUAAUAAAAAAUUUGAAGAUAAUAUUUUAUCAGAUAUAUUAAAUUAUGAGUAUGAAACGGAUUUAGAGAAUUGUGAUGAAGGCUGUAGUAGAGUUUCUGAUCGAAAAGUGUCUGUAAAAGUUUCUGCUUCUUAUGCUCAAAUUAAUAAAUUUAAUAAUCCACUGAAUUUGGCAGAAUCAUCUGAAGAAAAAUCUAAUAUUGAAGGAUCUGUUUCUGAGUGUAGAUUUAAUGAUUUGAAACAGGCUUAUGCCAUUGAUAUCCCAAAUGAUGAAAGGACCGUCCCUUUUCUCAGUAGUGCUUUAAACGCACAAGAUGGAAGUCGAACUUCUACAACUGCUGAGAAUUCAGCAAAAGAUUCUGAUGGAUCGGAAGAAGAUUCUGAUAGUGAUUUUGAACCUUCUUUUAAAAGAAGUCGGCCAGAAACAUAUGACAAUUCAUUUGACUCUUCAUACGAUGAGGAUGAAGAACCAUGUGAAACGUCAAGUAUUCCCUACAAUAAUGAAAAAGAUGCUGUUAAAAAUAAUAGCAGAUCAAAGAUAUCUGAUGAUCAUUUCAAAGAUGUAAAAGGAGUGAUAGAUGCUAUCCGAAAUAAUUGUCAGCAUAUAUUUAUUAUGAAAGCUAUAGAUGUUGCAAAGCAGUACAUUGCAGUAAGUUUGCCAGAAAUCAAAAAAUAUAUUUUUGAAGAAUUGUUUUUAAAUGUGGUGAAAUGCAUCAAAGAGCCAUCCAACAAUAUAGCUUACUCCACUAAGCAUGAUUUCAUGGUGAAUACAAUUGGGUUGAUGAAAGAUUUUUCAUUAUAUGAUGAAAAUCUAUCCACAUUAGUCAUUAAAAACUGUUUUGAAUUAGAUUUUGAAGCUUUGUUUGUGGAGUUGUUUAAAUCAUGCAUUGAUAUGAAUAUUCCUCUUAAGCCUGAAGUUUUCGAUCCAUAUGCUGGAUAUUUAAGGUCAAGUAAUGUGGACAUUGAUGAGCUUUUACAUUUUUUGUUGUAUGUGAAAAAUGUUUGCUGCUAUAUUGAUUUGCCUGUGGAUAUGUGUUGUACAGUGCUUGAUAAGUGUGCAGCUGGAAACUGUGAUGAUGAAUGUGCCUUCCGGAUAUUUGAACUUCUGCCUGAAAUUGACUCACAAAAAGUGGAAAUGAGAUGUGUCAAGAAUUUUCUUCAGUACUGCUGUGAAAAGGAAUUUUGGCACCAAAUAUCUAAAAUCGUUAUGGCAUCUCAUUCGAAAUCCAGCUUUUUACUCCACUGCCUCCUUCAAACAUUCGUAGACCAGAUAGAUGUAUCUGGAAAAUAUUUUGAGAAGUUUGCAGCUGCUUUUCAUGGUAUGGAGGAGCCUUGUAUUGAGUAUAAAUCACUCCUUGGACAACUAGGAACAUGUUUAAUGCUAAAUGCAGAUUACAAAGAACAUUUAUCAUCUGCUGUUCAUGUUCUUCACAUUUUACAUUUUUAUAAUAUUAACUACUAUGAAUUACAGAUGCCUGUCAUAAAUGAAGAGGUUUGUGAAAAAGAUGUAUUAAAAGAAGAUUUUUUUAUCUUUCCAUAUAAGAUAGUCUUUAGAGCUAUUGAUAUCUUCUUACGUGCUGGUAGACCUAAAGAUGCAUAUCUAGUUUUCGAAGGCUAUUCAUGGAUUAAACCAGAUGAAAAUGUAGUACCUGCUUUUAGAUCUACCGUUAUUACUGAAAGGUUCAGUCAUUUAAUAAAGUUGGUUCAAGCAUUGCAUUUAGUUGAUCCUCUAGAUAAAGGAUGGAGUGUUUUGCAAAUUAUAGCUACAUCAGUGAAAGAUUUGUUAUCUGAAGAAUUGUCACACUAUAUUAAAGAUUUAGAACUUGUCUACAAUCAGUAUAUGAUUACAUUUUUAAACGAAAAGGAAGUCGAUCUUGCAUAUGAGCUUUUUCGAUCUAUGUGUGGUCCACUUCAAACCAUUUUGAAUGUUAAAUCUGACGUAAUCCGAGGUUUAAUUGUGUCAUUAGCUGAGAGUGGUAUGAGACACGAGGCUAAACGCUUGUUUAUGCUUCAUGUUAUGAUCUAUCCUAUUGAAAAGCCACAAAUCAACAGUUUUCCUUGGUGUAUGACUGUAAUGUCUAACUGGACUUCACAUGAAGUAUUCUUUGCCAUUCAGUUCUAUUUUGAAGCACUUUUCCCUACACUGGAAAAUAAAAAUAAAGAAAUUGCAUUUGAAAAAUGGUAUUCUGUGAGAUUUAAAUUCAAGGAAACGCCUGACAGUCCCAUUAUUAAUUGCUUAAAAAUACCUUCUAUGCAUUUUGAUUCACUUGCUGCAAAAAUUCGUACUGUGUUGAAAAAACUCAAUUCAAAAUUAGAAAUUAUCGAAGACAAAUUUGAAAAAUGUUUGAGUAUAAAACCUCAAUCCUUUUAUAACUUCUGGAAAACAAAAUAUCCAAAUUCUUCACCAGAACUGACUUAUCGAGUAAAUUUUAGAAUGGAUCAAGUAGAGAAAAUGGCUCCUUGUUUUGGAAAGGGAUCUGUUGUACAAAAUGCCAAAAAUUUUAAUUUUCAGAGUGCUGCAGAUAAUUUUCUGCAUAGCAUGCAAAACACGCUGAUUGAUAAAGCAUUAUCUCCUGGCUUUGCAUCGAAAUAUGAAGGAAAUAAAAAUGAUGUCAGUUGUCAAAGAAAAACAUCAUUAAACUACAAAAUAUCUCCACAACAAACAAUAUCAGAACAUAAGGAAUCACCUCAAAAAAGAUCACCAAAUUGUAACAAAUCUCCACAGAAAAAGAUAUCAAAAUAUAAAGAUUCUUUACAAACUUAUUAUGCGUCAGAUGAAUGUAAAAAAGUUCCAUUUGUUCAAAGAAACACUUUAAAAAGUAAUCAACUAGGCAUUUUACCAUUUGGUCAGGAGCUGUCUCCGAUAUCAUCAGUAUGCAAUGAAAAAAAUCCUGAGAGUUCUGAUAAGAAUAAAAUAUUACCAAGCCAAAAUUUAAAAAAUAACUCUCAACAGUCUGCUUAUGCAGUUAAUGUUUGUAAUCAGCUAACACGUGUUAAAGAAACUGAAUAUUCAGUUGCUAGACAAAAGUCUGAAGAUAUAACCAAACCUUUGUCUCUUAAAGCAAAGACAAAAACUGAACAAAAAAGUACAUCCUCUAACAGAAAGUUAAAAAUAAGGAGGUUAACUAGCUUAUUACGCAGUCCAUCUCCACAAGUUAUUAAAUCUUCUAAAUUAGUUCAGAGGUAUAAAAAACCUGCCAUUAAUAAAUCUUCUAAAAAUUUUGAAAAUAUUUCAAUAUGUCUUCCAGGAAAUGCAUUAACCCGUACAAUAAUUAUUAACCCUGAAACAAAUUCAUCAAGUGCAGAUUCUCGGAUUAAUAGUUCUUCAUUUGCUGCUUGUAAUAACAGUACUUUAUCUCAGGAGUCAGUGGCUUUAAACUGUGAGAGAUCUUUGCUGCCUAACACUAAAAUAAGUAUUUCUUCAAAUGCUACAGAAGUGAAAAGUUCUAUGAAGAAAAUUCAAAGUUUGGAAAGAGAGAAAAAGAUAUCUUCAAGUACUACUACAUUUCUUCCAAAGCACAGCAGCCCAGGUAUCGUUGUACAGAGUGAAAGGGUCAAAGUUAAUUCAUCCACUGGUGGUAUUGAAAAGCAACCUGGUAGUUCAUUUAAAAUCAAGUUAAAUCAGUCACAAUAUUCCAAGCCAUCCUUUGAAUCAGGUGAGAUAUCUUCAUCCUUUUCAUUUGAAAAUAUUUUCUCGUUGUCUUUAUAUUAUUGUAAGGCUUUACUUUUAAAACUGUUUAAAAAUACCUUCUGGUAAUUUUGACAAGAGUAC